UUGUACGGUCUGUGUUGGUGUGUUCCUGCCAGUCUGUCAUCUCUUUGGAUUUACAGCCACAACCCAUCAGAACGUACGGGAAAACUUGUGUGUUGACAAGGCAGCAAAACGACCAGGGGGGACAUCCCACAUCAGACUUUGCUGACAAAUACAACAGUGCUAGUAUACGCGUUUUUGGUGCAGAAAAAUUGUUUCAAUAUUUUGGCUCGUUUGAUACCCACCUUGCGAAAGCGCUGAUUCUGCGGAGAUUCGGAGCAAGCCCGUCCAAGUCUGAGGCGUAAUUUCGGUCGGAACAAAAAUUAAGAAGGAAAAUUUCCAAGUGAGUGGCACUAAAGCCAAAAAAAACAGCAAGCAACCCCGUGAAGGACGUUUUAUGAAUCCAGCAGCGACUGGAGGAGCUUCUAGAAAAGACCGCGGCGUUAACUCAGCCCCAGACAAUGGCAUCCACCGUUGAGAGCAAUCCCCACCCCACGGCACCGACGGCGCCCAGCCUGGAAGAUCUCAACUCGGCAUCGACCUCUUCAGCGAGCAAUAAAUUCAGCACCGCACCGGAUUCAGGCGCAAGCGGCAGCAGCGGAGAUCCGCAGCCCACGGCGUCCACAUCUACAGCAGCCGAUUCCACCAGCGGCCCCGAGUCGGCCACAUCGUCCGCUGGCAAGUCCAAGAUCACCCUCGAGGACGCCAACGAUGACGACGAGGAAAAGAAGGACGACUCGGUGUUUGAGUGCAACAUCUGUCUCGACACGGCCAAGGACGCGGUCGUCAGCAUGUGCGGCCACCUGUUCUGCUGGCCGUGCAUACACCAGUGGAUGAAUGGGUACCGGAACACGUGUCCGGUGUGCAAAUCGUCAAUCAGCAAGGAAAAGGUCAUUCCACUGUACGGCCGUGGUGGCAGCAAGGAGGACCCAAGAAAAACGGCGCCACCGCGACCGGCCGGCCAGCGCACCGAACCGGAACAGCCGCAGGGUUUCCAGAGCUUUACCGGCGACGGUGGCUUCCACAUGUCGUUCGGCAUCGGGGCGUUCCCGUUUGGGUUCUUCACGUCGUCGCUCAACUUUGGCGACUUUCGCGGGAAUCCACCGCACGAAAACACGCGCGAGUUUGACGAGGAUCAGUUUCUGUCGCAGAUUUUCCUGUACGUUGCGCUCAUCUUUAUGGCCUGGCUGGUUCUGGCUUAAGGAAAAUUUAAAAACAAACAAACAAACAAAAUACGACAACCAGCUGGUGGGGAUGCUUUGUGAUAAUAAACGGUUAUUUUUUUUAUAUUUUGGCUGGUUCGAUUACCACUUACGAAAAAGCAAAGGAAGCAAAUCUGUAUCUGAGUAUUUUGGGAGAUAUUACUGUGCAAAAAGGCAAGUUUCUUUCUAUUCUACGUCUACAAAUGUAUUGUAAAACGAUCCAGAUUUAAAAAAACAAGGACCUUCUAUUGAUGUUACUUUUAUUUACUUCUUCUUAGUCCGUAUUGCUGUUCAACUUUUAAACUAGGUUUAAUCCUUUUGGUACCUAUAACUGCACUAUUGUCUGUAAGCUAGGCAUAGAAUCGUCAAAAAGCUCAGUGCAUUAAAACAAAUAAUGAAGAUUAAAACAGUCACACACACGGUCUGUGCAGAGCAAUGCAACCUAAGGGAAGAAAAAUCAAACAGACGAACUCAAUAUAAUUUAUUUGACAGGAGAAAAUGAUAUGUAAAACAUUUAUAUUAUGUAUGAUACAAAUAAAACGUCAACGAAAAAUGUAACCAAA